AAUGUCGAUGUGCAGGGUGCCAGCGAGCUGGUCAAGGGCGGAGUGAAGUAUGUGGAUGUGCGGACGGCAGAAGAGUAUGCUGCCGGCCACCCUGCGGGUGCUGCCAACGUGCCCGUGUUUGUGAAGCAGGGCGGAGGGAUGGCGCCCAAUCCCGACUUUCUAAAGCAGUUCGAGGCGGCCUGCCCCGACAAGGCUGCCCAGGUGUGCGUUGGCUGCCAGUCCGGCAAGCGCAGCGAGGCGGCAGCGCGCAUGUUGGCAGAUGCGGGGUUCAGCGGCGUGGUGAACAUGGAGGGAGGGUUCUCGGGUGAGUUGCGCAUGUAG